AUGCAAAAAUAUGAUCUUGAUUUUGGCGUCAAGACCUGGUAUUUGAAGCCGUCUUUUAUUGCAAGAGUAAUAAAUGCGAUCCUUUCGAUCAUUAUUACAAUUUAUCUGUUCAAUUGCUGUGUAUUAUUAUCAGAUCACAUUUAUAAAGAAGCCAUCUCAAAAUUUCCACUUGCGUUAUGUUCUAUUCUGGCUAUUUCGAUCAUUAUUUCCACUGUAUCGUUUAUUGUAAUGAUUUUUAGACUUGCAGCAGAGUUUCAAUUUUAUAUUUCAAUAACUUCAGUUUGUUCAGCAUUGUUAUUCAUCGCAUUAGAGUUAGCUUUCAUAUUCGCAUGCACUACAUCAUCUGCGCUUAAUUCUGCAGAAUUUUCAAUGUUAAAGUACUUGAAAGAAAAUGAAAACAAAUCGGAAGUCGCUGAUUUCUUAACAAAAUUGAAUUCAAACUUUACUAUUGGUAAAGCAAUCGAUAAACCACUAAAAGUUUAUUUGAUGGAAAGAACGACAGAUAUUGGCAGCGCAUUAUUCGCAAUGUCAUUCAUUUGGACUUUGGUGUCAUUAUACAUCUACUAUUAUUUCCUUUAUACAGGAUCUGCUUCAAAAUUAAUAGAAAAUGAACCAACAACAAACAAUCAAUCUAUGGAAGAGAAUUUAACUAAUUCUCCUCAAAUAGUAAUAUAA